GAGCCACCGAGGGCCGGGAGGACCGGGAGCCCAGCGCGCGCCGCCAUGAUCAUCCCCGUGCGCUGCUUCACCUGCGGCAAGGUGGUCGGCAACAAGUGGGAAGCCUACCUGGGGCUGCUGCAGGCCGAGUACACCGAGGGGGAUGCCCUGGACGCCCUGGGCCUGAAGCGCUACUGCUGCCGCCGCAUGCUGCUGUCCCACGUAGACUUGAUCGAGAAACUGCUCAACUACGCGCCCCUGGAGAAGUGACCAUCUUGGCCACGGCCAUCUGCGUCCUACCUGGAGCUCUCCCCGAAGCGGGCAGGGGGCAUUGGUCUUCUGAUACUGCCAGUAAAAUCCUUGCAAAUGCCUCCA